CUCGGGGACUGCCUGUACAUGGUUGAUUUCAACUGUCGAGGUUUUUUAGUUGCUUGUCCAUCCUGGUGUUGAUGUCGGAUUGAGAUUUACCUGUUGAUUAAUAACCAAACACGAGACCCUACUUUAAACCCACUCACUGAAUCUGAAAAUUCAUUGAACUAAGCUAUGUCAAAAAAGUUUAGCUGCAUUGUUGCUGUUUGUGAAAAUCGUGGUAUUGGCAUUAACGGAGAUUUACCAUGGAAACUAAAGCAGGAACUAAAAUAUUUUUCACAUACUACGAAGAAAGUUAAUGAUGCUGACAAAAGAAAUGCGGUUAUCAUGGGAAGAAAAACGUACUUCGGGGUCCCAGAAAGCAAACGUCCAUUGCCGGAGCGUCUAAAUAUUGUGUUGACGCGAAAUGCGGCUGCCUAUACUUUUCCGCCGGAUGUGUUGGUUUGUGGCAGCCUGCAGGAAGCAUUGCACAAGCUGGAUUCAACUGACCAUGGGGAACACAUAGAGAACAUUUGGGUUGUCGGAGGUAACAGCGUAUAUAAGGAAGCCAUGGAAUCCGAUCGUUGUCAUCGAAUCUAUUUGACGGAAAUCAAAAAGCAAUUCGAUUGUGAUGCAUUCUUCCCAGAAAUACCCAAUUCUUUUAUGGUGAUUGAUAAUGAUCCAGACACUCCAAGUGGUGUGCAAGAAGAAAACGGAAUACAGUAUGUAUACAAGAUAUAUGAGAACAAACAGCAAUAGGUUGGAUAUCAUAGGUCGAAGCAAAACUUACGGUCCUUUAUCAUCUAUUAUCGUUUGGCUUCCUGCAGUAGCUCAUACAGCUGAGCUAUCUGUUCAUCUCGAAAAUGGUUUAAUUGAUUUUCAGUCAAAUCUUCUCCUAUCAUUCCAAUCGGUCCGGGUUUCCCUCGCAAACCCAGUUGCUCAGCAAGAUUUAUCGCAUAUCCCUGUAAGAAUAAGGAAAAUAAUGGGAAAUAUGUAAAACUUUCCAGGAAAUAAAAUUAUGGGUAAAUAGUAAC